AAUAUAUCAAUGUGGGGUUUGUUAAGGAGAUUACAGGUAGGUUUUUUUAAAAAUAGUGAGGACGUGUUCAUGAAUUUAUUCUAACAGGACCGUUAAAAACAGCAAACUGUCUCGCUGAAGUAAGAAGAACAGGGAGGCUUUAAUAGCAUGGAGACAGAGGAAGUAUCAGCUGAGGUACCUACAGAACCAACAAACGAGGUCAAAGAGGCAAAUACACAGGAAAGCAAAGAGUCCACAGCAAACACAGACAUUCAGGACUAUGUCACAGAAAAAAACAAAGAGGGAGGUGUAACCGAAACAGAAGGGGAGCCUUCCAAAGACAUCGAUAAACCACCUUGUGACUGGUUGGAGCCACUCGAAGAAGACUGUGAUGAUGUUGAUUCCCAGAGCUUUGAUGGAGAAGUAGAGAGCCUUGUGGGGAGUGAACGGAGUGGGAGUGUGGUCAGUAUUAGGAAAACCGCUGGACAAAGAAGUGGCAGAGGUGUUGGGAGACCUAGAAAGAGAACACAGUUUGAGGCAGAUGAAGGCUGGGAAGAUUGUCCAUCACUAGGAGAAGGAUGGAAACGCAAACUGGUUUUUCGUCGAUCAGGCACCAGUGAAGGACGCAGUGAUACAUACUAUAUGAGUCCAAGAGGUCAUAAAGUAAGAAGUAGGGUUGAGCUUGUGAAACAUGUAAAGCAAUCUGUGGACCUCACAAAUUUUAAUUUUAAAACGGGCCAGUUUAUUGGUGAAGGGCUUCACUGGAGAAAGAGAAGGAAACUGGAUUCUCUCCAGGCAAACUCUUCUGUACCCAGUUUAACAGAUGCAGGUCCUGCGGCCGGAAGUCCAGCAUCUUCAACUAGUCUCAGCCUUGGUACAGUUCCGAUGUCGAGCUCGUAUUCGAUCCAAAAGGAUACUGGUCCUGAGACAAAUACUGCUUUACCAAGUACCACCACUUACCCUAUUGAUGAUUUGAUUGAAGAUUCUGCACAUUCAAAUCCUCCUCCGGUGGGCAGUUCAGUGUCUGCGGCCCCAGUUAGAACCAUCAAUGGUGCCAGUGGAGAGCCACAAAACAUGUUUUGUGUCUGCGAAAAGUGUCAUAAAACCUAUACUUUUGAAGAGGGACAAACUAUGUGCCAGAACUGCAGGCCAGAGGGUAACACAAGUUUAGCAAUAAUAAGACGCAGAAAACCCUACAAAAAGCGGUUUCCAUGUGGCCGAUGCCGGGCUUGCAGAAAUACAGUUGACUGUGGAAAAUGUGUUAGUUGCAAAAAUGGUCUGCUACGCCUUCGACUCAAUAAAAACUCUCGUAAAGUCGUUAAAUGUCGCAAACGGAAGUGUUUGCACCCCAAGCGUAGGGACAGGGUUGUAAAGACAUCAGAGUGGCAGUUUUCCAACAUGGCUGAAUCGCUAAGCACCGCUUCAAAUAUUUCACAGCCCACAGUCUCAGAUGAUUUUGAGGAAUCACAGAGCUCCUAUCUGCAGUACAGUGACUCAGAGGACCUGUCUGUGUUCUUUGGGGGUAAUGAUGGUGACGGUGGCCUGGAUGAGAUGGGUGUACCAAAGGUACGUCGUCGUUCAUGUGGGAAGUGUAAAGGCUGCGUUCUCCGUACAGACUGUGGAAGCUGUGAUUUUUGCAUGGACAAACCCAAGUUUGGAGGCAGCAAUAAAAAAAGACAGAAAUGCCGUUUACGGCAGUGCCAAAGAGAGGCUAUGAAGCAUUUGCUGCCCAUGGAUGAGGAGAUGUUAUUUUCUCAGGGCUGGGUUCCCCGCAGAAGGCCCCGUUACACAUAUGGACAUAAUAGAAACCGGUCCAAAAAGUUAUCAUAUUUGAAUUUCGGGGUUCCUGCUAAUAAGGCUGAAGCGUAUGUGCCAAAGGCUUCCUCGGGUGUUGCCCAGGUGGUGAAUCGAGAUAGGCUCCUUCAUCCCAAUUUUAAUGGAAAGAUGAGCCCUCAGCUGCACACAGGACGGGUGGAGAUGAUCAAAGAAAAUGGGUUUCAAGACAGUGGCAUCAGCAGCAGAGCCCUUCUGUCUGUGCGACCAGAUGUUCUUCCUAUGGCAAUUCCAAUAAACUAUGCUGGGACAAGUUUGAGGGAAGGGAAUCGACCACAAGGUUCGGCAGGUCAGGAACCUUAUCAAGAAGAGCAACAGGAGGACGUAUCUUGUCCGUCGAUCACUCAGAUAUUUAGCAUGGCAGACAGUGACCCCAUGAUCCAAGGCAUCGACAGCAAUCAUGAACUGAUGCCUCUCCUGACAUCUCUUCGUAGCAUUGUACUUCCUGUCCUCUGGUUCUGCGUGGUGGUGGAUGGCCCUCGGUUACAGCUGAUACAGUGCUCCAAGCGCUCCACUAUGGCAGACACUACGAUUCAUAUUGAGCCCAGCUUCCACUACCACAUCAGCAUCCAGGGACAGCCUCUCCUGCCCACUCACAGACUCUACGACAGCCACCCGUCUCGUCUCACCACAACUAAAGAGAUUGUUGCCCUCCUCGAGGACCUAGAAAGGUACUGGGUCUGCCAGGGCUUGGGAAACAAGAAUUCAAGAAAAGGGUCCGAGGCUGUGUUUCCUGAGCGGGCGGCUACCUGUGACUUCCUCGUUUUUUCAGAAACAGAAUGCUGUGAAAAAUGCAAAGCUCUACGAAGGGUAUAAAGGGACUAUUCAACAAAAGGGAGUUAGUCUUCAAGUAAUACAUCUCCUAUUUCUGAUUUUGAACUAUUCUAGAAUAUCUUUAUACUCUAAUAUUGAAAUAUUAGAGCACCAUUAAUUGUUAUUAUUAUUGUUAUUAUUUUUCUUUAGAAGGAUGGUACCAUUACAUUGACAGCUUAAUAAUUUUUUGGUUACAUUAAACCACAAAAACAUCACUUCCCACAUUAACAGGUUGGUUCAGCCCUGGAUUUGUUAUAAUGCAGAAUUCCGUUUCUUUCUUUUUGGACAAAAAAUGAACAGCACCAGGUUAAAUAAAUAAUGACUUAAUUUCUGUAUUUUUGUUUGAACUAUCCCUCGAGUGAUUGACCACUAAACAUAAAGAUGUUUUUCGACCCUAGAGUAUGUGACACAAUUUGGUACCUACUGUGGCUAAGGAUGCACACUGAAUCGCGGUCCUAUCAAUGUAGGUAGUGAAUGGGCAUGUUUUAAUCAAUGAAACAUUCAGCAGUUUAACUGUACAUCUUGCCUUGCACUAAAGUUGUAAUAGUGCUUCACAUCCAGUGUAGAUUAAUUCCUCACACCAAUGAUAUCUUUAUAUGUGUUAAUGCUUAUGUACUUCUCAGGGGGAUUUUUCAGAAUGCAUUAAUCAGAUGGAAGAUCCAUGUUUGUUAAAAGAUUUAAUAUUUGCUGUAUGAUAUGGGAUGAGCCUGCUAUCAUUUUGGAUAGACAAUUUUGUACAUGGUUCAAGUGGUGGCAGAGAAAUCAGAUAAAAAUAUAGAGAAUGUUUUGUUUUUUUGUCCUUUGCUAUUCGUAAUUUCUGUUUUCUUCAUUACAAAACUCUUUGAAUUUUUGUAUAUGCUUUUCAUAUAAAUAAUCUGAAUUCUGUUUAUUUAAUAAAUCAUAUUAUCUGUUGGA